GCAGCACUCAUUUCCAGGCAAACAACACAGAAGCCGCACAACAAAGCUAGACCCAAGCAGAGCAGCAAUUGGGACCAGGCACACACACAUACACAAAGGAGAUACAAGGCAGAGAACCGCACAGCCUGCCAACAUGAGGUUUCUUCUUGUUUUCACUCCUUUUCUGUGGUUGCUCUGUAAAGGAGAUGUCAUUGUGCUCACGGAGAUGUAUGGUGAGAUCAGAACACCGAGUUUUCCAGAUUCAUAUCCCAGUGAAACAGAGCUGACCUGGAAUAUUACUGUACAAGAGGGAUUCAGGAUUAAGCUGUACUUCAUUCAUUUCGAUUUGGAGCCCUCGUACCUAUGCGAGUAUGAUUAUGCCAAGGUGGAAACUGAUGAACAAAUAUUGUCUGUUUUCUGUGGAAGGGAAAGUACUGAUACUGAGCAAACUCCAGGACAGCAGGUUAUUGUGUCACCCGGGAACUUCCUGAGCCUUACCUUCAGGUCUGACUUUUCCAAUGAAGAACGUUAUACAGGCUUUGAUGCUCAUUAUAGUGCAGUUGAUGUCGAUGAGUGUGCAGAGCGAAACGAUGAAGACAUGGUCUGCGACCAUCAUUGUCAUAACUAUAUUGGUGGAUUCUACUGCUCAUGCAGAUUUGGUUACCUUCUUCACUCAGAUAACAGGACAUGCAAAGUGGAAUGCAGUGAUAAUUUGUACACUCAGAGGAGUGGAAUCAUUUCCAGUGCGGAUUUUCCAAGCCCAUAUCCGAAGAGCUCUGACUGUCUGUACAGAAUUGAGCUGGAGGAAGGAUUUGUCAUUAAUCUUCAGUUUGAUGACAACUUUGAUAUUGAGGACCACCCAGAAGUAUCAUGUCCAUAUGAUUACGUAAAGAUCAAAGCUGGAAAAAAGGAAUUUGGUCCAAUAUGUGGAGAGAAAUCACCAGGAAGAAUAGAAACAGAAAGUAACAGUGUUCAGAUCCUAUUUCAUAGUGAUAAUUCUGGGGAGAAUGGAGGAUGGAGACUGUCUUAUACUGUCACAGGAGUUCCUUGUCCUGACCUACGGCCACCCACAAAUGGGAAAAUUGAACCUUCUCAAUCAGAAUACACCUUCAAAGACCAAGCAGUUAUCACCUGUAGCCCUGGAUAUCGAAUUAUAAAGGACAGUGUGGAAAUUGAAAGUUUCCAGCUUGAGUGCAGGAAAGAUGGGACAUGGAGUAAUGAGGUUCCAAGAUGUCAAAUUGUUGACUGUAAUUUGCCGAAAGAACUUGAGAGUGGAUAUGUGACUUUCUCGACACCAGAAAACACCACCACCUAUCAGUCGACUGUCACAUAUUUAUGCAAAGAACCUUACUACUCAAUGGUACCAAACAUUACUGCUGGAUACACCUGCAACGCAAAUGGAGUGUGGAUAAAUUCUGAGAUAGGAGAUAAACUUCCAGUGUGCCAGCCAGUUUGCGGAAGGCCUACACAACCCCUCCCAGGAAUAGUGAAACGUAUCAUUGGUGGACGUAAUGCAGAACCUGGAUAUUUUCCUUGGCAGGUUCUAAUUGUGGUCGAAGACAUGUCCCGAGUUCCUGAAAACAAGUGGUUUGGCAGUGGAGCAUUGCUGUCUGACUACUGGGUGCUUACUGCAGCUCAUGUAUUGAAAUCUCAACGACGUGAUAACACUGUAAUUCCGGUUUCAAAGGAUCAUGUCACUAUCUAUUUAGGGUUACACGAUGUGAAAAAUAAAGAUAAUGCUAUUACCAGAACAAUAGAGAAGAUAGUACUACAUGAAUCCUUUGACCCACAGAUUUAUAACCAUGAUAUAGCACUGGUAAAAUUGAAAGAAAAGGUAGUAAUGAACCAAUUCAUAAUGCCAAUAUGUCUACCAGAGUUGGAUCAUGAGUUGGAAGGUCCUCAGCCCAAUACUCUUGGUCUUGUAGCUGGUUGGGGUAUCUCUAAUCCUAAUAAUACCAUAGAUGAAGUCAUUAGCUCUGGCAUGAGAACAUCUUCAGAUGUGCUGCAAUAUGUGAAACUCCCAGUAGUCCUUCAUGCUGAGUGUAAGGAGAGCUAUGAGUCCCGCUCUGGGAAUUAUAGUGUAACGGAAAAUAUGUUUUGUGCAGGAUAUUAUGAAGGUGGGAAGGACACCUGCCUGGGAGAUAGUGGGGGUGCCUUCAUAAUUCAAGACUCUGACUCAAAGAGGUGGGUGGCACAAGGGCUAGUAUCAUGGGGAGGACCUGAAGAAUGUGGAAGCAAACAAGUUUAUGGUGUAUAUACCAAAGUGUCAAAUUAUGUAAACUGGUUGGAUAAUCAGCUCAAUUCAUAAAGAGCGUGUUAUUUUGGAACUAAUGGGAAGGGAAUUUUAAAGGGCUCCUGUCAUCACAUUUGCCAUAUGCAACUAAUAAUAUAGUGCCAAGGUUGACACCAUAGCAAAAUUAUUGCUUUGUCUUUUAAAGCUCUCAGCCUUGGCAUCUUGAUGUAAUUCCACUUUGAAAGUGUGUCUUUCCAUAUGUAAAUGUGGGUCAUAGAGUCAUCUGGGUGUCUUCUUACAUUGCCUGAGUCACUGCCACAAAUUUCACUGUGAUUGACAGCCCCUGAUAUUCCGGCACGCCUGAAAUCUUGUGCGUGUGCCAUAGAUAGUCUUUCCCUUCUCCUCUAAUGGUAAGAGUAAGCUGACAUGCAUACUGUAUACCAAAGGAGAAUCAGAGAAGAAGGGAAUAAGUAUUUAUGGCACACACAAGAUUUCAGACACACCGGGGUGUCAGAGGGAUGUCAUUGACAGUGAGAAAGGCUAGCUAGCAGCAGUGACUCAGGGCAGUUUAGGAAGACCCCCCAAUGACUACAGCACCAUAUCAUUAGUUGCAUAUGGCAAUGGCAUAUGUGAUGACAGGAUCCCUUUAAAAGUUAGUGAUGUAUGUUCAAUUCUAGAAGACUUCUAAACCACUUAAAAACAAUUGCCAAACAUCCCAUGAUAAAAUGCCACUUUAUUUUGGCACAGCAAACUGUUUACAGUUACUCAAGUAUCAGUUAGGGUUCUUAACAUUAAAGGAGUUCUCUGGACCUGUGCCUAAAAAGCUUUUGUUGGCUAACCUGUGGAGCAGUACUUACCCUUCUGUCACUCCAACGAUUCUACGAUCCCAGCUGGGAACAUGUGACUGCGACUGGUUGUGGGAUUUUCCUCUGUUGUUGCAAACAGAUGUGCUCCUCUUUCUUCCUGUUGAGCUACUUCUACAUUAUGCAGAUGAAAAUAGAGGAGCACAUCCAAUCACAACAUCAGAGAAUCUCAGAAUCAGCAGAGCGAUGGAAGGAUAAAGUACUACUCAAAGUAUCUUUUGUCCACAGUUUAGCAGAAAGAGGAUUUUUAGGCACAGGACCAGAGAACCCCUUUAAUGGGUUCUGCGGAGCCUUUGGCUAAAUUCUAGCUUUCAUACAACCUGUUGAAGGAGGAUUAUUUCACCACUACCCUUCCAUCGCAUCUCUGAUUCCACAAUCUGGGCUCUGCUCUUGUGGCCUCCUGGCUGGCUGCAGGCUAUUCCACUGAUAUCUCAACUGGAUUUGU